AUGCGUUUUACUCAGGCGUCGCUGGGCCUGGCAUGUGCCACUCUAGCUACAGCUUUACCUGCAGCUUCAGAGCAGAAUGGCAAGCCAUCGUGCCGAUUUGCUCAGCAAUACACUCAGAAGCAAAUUCUGCAAGAUCCUUCGAAUUUUAUCAACGAUAUGCUUUUUUGGGAAGGCCAGUUCCACCAGAACAAUGUUUCUUAUAACUCAGAUAAUGGAAUGUCAUACGACGGGACGAACCUUGAUUUCGUGACUGGUGUGAGAACUGCCAAGCAUCCUUUCAGCGCCGCAAGCAAAGAAUCACUGCAAAUCAUGCUUUAUGCCCAUGCUAUCUUGGGAUCUGCCGAUGCUGCCCGUUUCCUCUCUCCCAGCAAUCCGUCCGCAGCUCCUGGAAUCGCAGCUUCUAUCAUGGACGUCAAAUUGCAGACUUACUUGAGAUUUAAUGAGACUUACCCUGGCUUUGGUGGAUUCCUGCCGUGGUUUACCUCGAGCUCUCAAGAUCUCUCUCCCACCUGGGACUGGAAUAACCGUGUCCCAGGCCUGGACAAUGGUGAGCUUCUGUGGGCCGUGUACGCUUUCAUUCAAGCUGCCGAGAGCUCUUCAAAUCAGUCAUAUAUCGACCUUGCCAAGAAGUGGCAGACUUGGAUGGACUAUACCAAGACAACUGCAGCUCAUAUAUUCUACGAGGGCGCGGGUAAAGUUUGUGCUGUGGUGGAUAUCAAGAACCAGACACUUCCUGUCCACCACCCCGAGCAGACGUAUGCCUGUGAGGGUUCCAGCUACCUCGAUGAUCCGUACGAAGGAGAACUCUUCACUUGGUGGCUCCAGUUCUUUGGUGGGCUCUCCGAAGCCGAGAUUGAGGCUCUUUGGGAGUACAAGAGAGCCAAGUUGGUGAGCGUGGACUAUCAUAUGGGCAAUGUCGGACCGAUAACUGUCCAGAAGGGAUAUUGGUUCUCCAGUCACGAGACCUGGAAGGUGAUGGAGAUGCCCUACUACGACAUUGAUAUCAUUCGUCGUCUCUUCCAAAAUGCUGAGCGUGUUCGCACUUGCAACUCGGUUGUCACCAAGGUCCCAGGCAUGUUCGCCUCCAUCAACAACGUCACGGACCCAUCGACUGGCGAUGUGGUCGGCUAUAUCUCGAAUGCCGGUAUCCCCUCAAUCUCGAACCAGACAGUCCAAGAGCUCGACGUCAUCACCCCUUACAGCGUAUUCCCUACGGUCUUGUUUGACAAGGCAGUUGGAAUGGCUUGGUGGAGAAACAUGGCUAUCGCAAAGAAGAUGCAAAACAUUUACGGUAGCACCGAAUCUACUCGUCGUGAUGGAACUGGAGUGUCUGCGCUUCUGACCUGGGAUAGCAAGGUCACCACUGUGAACGCCAUUCUUGGAGGAGUGUCCGACCUGGUCCGUCAGAAAAUGAAGGCCGAGAACAUCUACAACACAUUUGUGAACAGAAUUGAGGCUGAAUACUCGAGGGUCUUCAAAAAUCUCAAGGGCGAACAUGUUGCAUUCUGUCUUCCACAGGAUACUGUACCUGAUACCGGACUCGCCGACUUUACUACCUGCAACUAG